AUGCAAAGGGAAGCAACGGGGAGGGAUGAUGAGUACGGGAGUGGAAGGGAUGUGAGAGAACAUGGUGAUGGGAUUGAUGUGGGAAGAAACAUGAGAGGUCAGAUUGGUGAAGGGAGCGGUAGAAGCAGUCAUGUGGGCAUGGAGGGUGUGGGAUUCGAAUCCUACACUAUUGGUGCUCCCCCACUACGCCGACUUGCCACUAACUCCCAUCCCAUUGGAGUUCCCAUAAUGGGCAGAUCUCACCUCUAUGGCAACAUCGUACCUCCUCGUGCGCAAUGGUCUCAACCGGAAGCUGUACCUGCAAGAAGCAUCGGACGCAUGGGGCACGGGAUGCAAUCAAGUGAAGUUAUGCGACGUGACCAAGUGGAGGUGCUGGAACGUGAAGGCACACAACGCACGGUGCAACUACCUCGACCAUCUACCGUGCCUACGCUCUUCGACCCAUCACCUCGCGAGUACACCGAAGAAGACAAGGACAGGCUGUCACGCAAGAUGGUGGGAGCAGCGGUGGACAAGGCGUUCACAACAACACCGUUUGACGGCACCAACUUUCAAGAGUGGGCUCUUCGAUUUGGCAUGAACGCGCGCAUGACAAAUCUGUGGGAGUUUUUCGUGACACGACAAUACCCAGUGGCAAUGGUGAAUGGAGAAAUGCGAGAUGCAAUGGAACGGCUGGAAGCUCUGCAAGCAGAUUACUCACAACGCGCUACGCUGGCGUUUUGGGUGCUUCUACAUAGCGUGAGCGCAACGAUUCAACUACAGCUGGACGUGUUCCAAGAGUCAUAUAGUCCGGCAUUCGAAGCAUGGGAGUACCUGAUGGAGACUUACCAGGCGAAGGAUUCGGUGGCAAAGGCGUCUCUCCAGAGGCAAUUGGACAACCUGAAGAUGGAGAGCCAAGAAAGGGUGGAGGAAUACAUCAACCGGGCAACUGCAAUUCGGGACAAGUUGGCGAUGGCAGGAAAACUGGUGGACGAAGAUUCAUUCACCUUGAACCUGAUUACCGGGCUACCACCGCAUUGGGAGGAGCUAAGGCAUUCGGCAAUGCUACACGACAUCUCGGACAGCUACACACUGCAACGAAUGAUGAUUCAGGAAGAAUGUUAUCAAGAUUUCAUUAGCAAGACCAACCAAGAGCUGAACGAACCUGUUUACGUGGAGCUUGCUGACGGAAGCCACCUGUUGAGCUCGAUGGCGGGAACAAUCCGAGCAACGGCACCCAAUGGAACAACAGUGCGCUACACGGACGUACUCUACGUACCUGGCCUGAAGUCCAACCUGCUCUCCUAUUGCCAGCUGUACAAGAAGGGAGCUCGCAUUCACACACGCGGGGAUGGGCACACGGAGAUCACAGUAGCGGAUGGGAAUGAGCAUGUGCUCAUUGGAGUUGGAAUUAUCAUGCAUGGGGUGCAAAUGGUGCAAUAUGAGCCUGCACUUACAUCUGCUCAUGCAUCUGAUCAUGAUCAUCCGAAUGAAGCAUUGAAUGAAACUGACCUUGGAGGACUGAAUGUGCAAUCUACUCAUGCAUCCAUCACCUAUCGCAUGGCCCACAAGCGCUUGGGUCACCCAUCAUACACAUCCAUGGAUGCAACAUUCCGCACUGGAGAUGUUGAAGGACUCUUCAUAUCCGACAAGACAAACCCCCUCAAACCCCCGUGUGACUCAUGUCUUCGAGGGAAGAUGAGUAAGGCCCCAUUUCCUACAGGUGGUGACAAGCGCACAACUCGACCUUUGGAGCUCGUGCAUAGCGACAUCAUGGACUUGGGUGACGCUCACCCCUCACUUCGCUAUGUGCUGACGCUCAAGGACGACUACACCAACUACCUGUGGGUGGCGCCGUUAGCUCGCCGAUCCGACAUGGCAGCUGUUUUCUCGGCUUGGCAUCGCGAAAUGAAGACCAAGUUGCCCACGAAACCGCUGGCUGCCUUGCGCACGGACAAUGGAGGGGAGUAUACCGCCAAUGCAUUCACAGAUUAUCUGACUCGUUUCUUUGACGACCUCAUGCUCCCGGACGCCGAGUCUUUGCUCGAACGUCAACGGUACAUGGAUGAAGUCUCACCUCAUAUCUCGGAGUGGACUUCCGGGGGAGACGGCGUUGGGUCAGCAUUCGACUCUUUUUCCGUAUCCCACACUUCCUCCCCAUCAUCUUCUGACGCCGGUACAGCAGAACAACAUGGACCUAAGGCAAAUGACGGAGCUCAAGAAGACUCCCCAGCAGCUCGUGAAGCCGAUACAGGAGAAAAGACAACCAUAAGUGACUUACCAGCGGCAGGCAUCUCUGUUUGUGAAGGUGCUGACAACAACAAACUAGAAGAUGACGCAAGUCAUCUCUACGACUUUGCCUACCCACCCGAGGGUAUCCCGCUGGUUGCUCCUGACGUGCCGCCACGGCGGGUUCACUUCAACCCAACGGUAACAGUGCUUGGAGAAGGACACGGGACGAACACCAUGACAGGCCUGGACGUAUUGUUUGGGAAGCGGCAGGCAGGACAAACAGUCACACGGUUUCCCAACAUGCAGCAGCAGAACGUACUGGAAUGUGCAGCAACCGGCGUCCCCAUGGUGGAGCUGACAUACAAAGAGCCAAAAACACUUCAAGAAAUGACCAAGGACCCGUACGCACCUCUUUGGCAAGCCGCUGUGGAUGCAGAAUUGGCCAAGUUCGAUGAGCUGGACGCAUACGAAGUGGUGGACAGAGCGGACAUACCAAAAGGAACACCGGUGCUGACGGAAGGAGUUGUCUUACGAGUGAAACGAGAUGAGCACGGACAGCCAAACCGGUUCAAAGCGCGCUGGGUGGUCAAGGGGUGCGGACAGACUUGGAGGACAUACGAUGGGACGUAUGCACCGGUCAGCCAAGGACCUACCUCUCGUGUGUUCAUUGCUGGAGCAUCUACUACAAAGCGGAAAGUGGUGCAGCUGGACAUCUCCAAUGCAUUCCUGUACGCUCCAAUUGACCGGGACAUAUUCAACUUUACCUUGACGGUCAGCAAGACCAUGACGCAGUUUUUGGGGCUCAACGUUGCCGCAGACAAGGACUCCAUCUCGCUCGGACUCACAAAGUACUUCUCACAGGCUUUGGCGACCUUCGGGAUGGAGGACAACCGGUCCGGAGUUCGAACGCCGAUCACCAAGGAACCUGGACCACAAGGAGAACCACCGGAUGACAUUGACGGUCAGCUGGUGCUGAAACAAGUUGGAACAUUGCUGUACAUUUCAACAGCAGGGAGGCCGGACAUAACCUAUGCAGCUCAUGUGCUGGCCAGCCAAGUAAGCAAACCAACGGCAACAACAGUGCUUGGAAUCCACAGGGUGUUCAACUACUUACAGAACACAACAGACUUGGGGCUGGUUUAUGGAGGAGGGGACUUGGUGCUCCGCGGAUACACGGACUCGGAUUCCGCGAACGAAGCAGGGCGUCACUCCGUUGGGGGCUACGUGUUUACCUUGGGAGGAGCUGCUGUCAGCUGGAGGACUAAACGUCAGACGGUCAUUGCAACAUCAACUGCUGAAGCAGAAUACGUUGCGCUGUUUGAAGGGGCACGAGAAGCUACAUACCUUCGCCGCUUGUGUAAAGACCUCGGUUUUCGACAGCAAGAACCUACCGUCAUCUUCGUGGAUAACCAAAGCGCAAUUGCACUUGCCACUGGGGAGCAGAUGAGUCAACGCAUCAAACACAUGGACGUACGUUACCAUUGGACGAGGAAGGCCAUUCGUGAUGGAGUUGUGCGGCCGGAGUACUGCCCGACAGCGCAGCAAGCUGCGGAUUAUCUCACCAAGCCCCUCACAACAAAGCAACAUCUCACCUGCAGCCUCUUGUGCGGUCUCCAACCACUUCCACAUGGCGCACCAUCUGCACCCAGUACUCACAUUGAAGCUGCUGGAGCUGCACUCUCACGUCCGGCCUUCUCACGAAGUGCUGGACAUCAAGGCAUCACGUAA